UUGGCCAAUCUGAUGUCAUGGAGUUUUGUGUUUACGUUUUGCGAACGGAAGCAGCUGUUCUCGUUUAUAAUUUUUCAGUAUGUGAAUGUGAUAUAUAAAACAUUUUUAACAUUCCUCUUUCCUAGAAUAUAGAUAAUUAGAAAAUUUACGAACUUUUCGGUAGUGUACUAAAUUUAAUUUAGAAGAGGGUAGGUUCUCAUAUAUACAUCUAAUGGAGGCGAAAUUGAAAGAAUAUAGAGCGUUAAGACGACGUCAACAGUUUGUUGAUAAUAUAAAACAAAAAUUGGAACAUUCUAAAGAGAAAAUUGUUAAUUUUUUAGUUCCUAAGCCAAAUAUGGGAGAACGAAAUGAAGAAGAGGUUGUUUUGUUGGAAAAUGAAGAAGAUACAUCAAUAAACAACACAAAAGCAUUAUUAGAAGAAUCUGUUGAUUUAACAUCUGAAGUCAGUGAAGUUGAAUCUAUUGAAGAGAACCAAGAAUCCUGGCGAUAUUGUAUGAUCAAAUGGACAAUAUAUGCAAUUAUCUGGUUGACACUAUUCAUUUACUUCUUGAAACUGCAAUUUGGUGCUGUUUUCUUUGUAAUAUCAGUUCUCAUUGGCAUUUGCCUUAACACAAGCACAAGGCCAAAGAAAAGGGGUGAAGUGUCUGCAUAUAGUGUAUUUAAUAAAAACUGUGUCAGCAUAGAUGGUACGCUAAAAGCGGAACAGUUUGAAAAAGAAAUAAGAUAUGGCGCGGGUAGUGUAAGAACAUUUUAAAUGUGUUAUUAUAGGCUGAUGUAUGUAAUAAACUAAGACAAAACUAAGACUUUAAUGAAAUAGUUUUAUUACAGCAAUUUAUGUUGAAUACAAGUUUGUUUAGAUAAUUUCAGUAAGUGAUAUUUUGUAUGCUGAAAAAUAAUUGCCUUUUGAAGUGUUGAAACUUAAGUUUCAGUAUCACUUUCAAAUCAGAUUUGCUUUUAAUCUAUAUGUAUAUAUAAAAUUCUUGUGUCACAACGGCUGGAAUAUUCAUGAAAUUUUGUGUGCAUAUCGGGUAGGUCUGAGAAUCAGCCAACAACUAAUUUUUAACAUCCCUAAAUUAUGAGUAAGGCAGAACAGCGUUUGUUGGGUCAGCUAGUGUCAAUAUAAAUGAGGAAGUUAUGUCAAAUUCUUCUUACCAAAUUAAAUCAAUGUUUUGACUACCACACUAUGUACCUACCUAUAAGUUUUAACUUAUUAUAAUUUAUUUCAUACUGUAUAAUUUAUAAGAUUUGUAUUUAUAUGAAGCAUUAAAU